ACGGCUUCAAGCGCUCCCAGGUGGCCGCUUUCCUCCGGAAAAACAAUGACUUCAGCGCCAUGGUGGCCCACGAGUACCUGGCCCUCUUCCAGUUCGGCGGCCAGGCGCUGGACCGGGCGCUCAGGUCCUUCCUGGGCGCCUUGGUGCUGACGGGCGAGACGCAGGAGCGCGAGCGCAUCCUGGGCCACUUCUCGCGCCGCUACCACUGCUGCAACCCCGGCUCCUUCCCCUCGCCCGAUGCCGUGCACUCGCUGACGUGUGCCAUCAUGCUGCUGAACACGGACCUGCACGGGCCGAACAUCGGCCGCGCCAUGACGAGCGCCGAGUUCGUGGCCAACCUCGACGGCAUGAUGGACGGGCAGAACUUCCCCAAGGAGCAGCUCAAGGCUCUCUACAGCUCCAUCCGCAACGAGAAGCUCCAGUGGGCAGCGGAUGAUGGUGACGAGGAGGAGGACGAGGACGCCCGGCGGCAGCGCCCGGCGCCCGCCCGCAAGAAGAGCAACCCCUUCGUGGAGCUGCCGCGUGCCGCCGACGCCACCACGUACCGGCAGGGCCUGCUGGCCCGCAAGGUCCACGCCGAGGCCGACGGCAAGAAAACGCCCUGGGGCAAGAGAGGCUGGAAGACCUUCCACACGGUGCUCAGGGGGACCGUGCUCUAUUUCCUCAAGGACGAGAGCCGGGCGGAGGCGCCGGGCGCCGAGGAGCCGCUGGGCAUCCACCACGCGCUGGCCGAGCGCGCCAGCAAGUACACCAAGCGGCCCAACGUGUUCCGCCUGCAGACGGCCGACUGGCGCGUCUUCCUGCUGCAGGCGCCGAGCGCCGAGGAGAUGGCCUCGUGGAUCUCCCGCAUCAACCUGGUGGCCGCCCUCUUCUCCUCGCCGCCUUUCCCGGCCGCCGUCAGCUCCCAGCGCAGGUUCAUCCGGCCCAUCCUGCCCGCGGCGCCCAGCCGCUGCGCCCCGGAGGAGCAGCACCGCUCGCACGAGGCCUGGAUGGACCAGCUGGCCGCCGAGCUCUUCGAGCACCAGCGCAACCUGCCCGAGAAGCGGGGCCGCGCGCGCGACCUCGACGAGUACCGCGCCAAGAGGGACUACCUGCUCUACGAGAAGCGCCGCUACGAGACCUACGUGCAGCUGCUGGAGUCGUGGCUGGGCGCGGGCGCCGCGGACCUGGAGAGCUGGGAGGCGCAGGCGGGCGCCGCCGCCGCCCCCCCGGAGCCCCCCAGCCUCACCAAGGCCCACUCGAGCCCCUCGCUGGCGCCCGAGCCGCCCGCCGCCGGCGCCCGCGUCAAGCGCAACGUGUCCGAGCGCCGCACCGUGCGCAAGAUCGUCCCGCGGCGCAGCAAGAACCUGCUCUGAGCCGGGGUGGGGGUGAGAACAGGGGGGGCUCGGCCCCCCCUGCCCACGGUACAAGGCUCCCCCGUUGCUGGACUCAAACCGGUGGCCCCUGGGCACUGAUGUGCCCCAUUGAGCCGAGCGGGGGGAUUUUAAUGGGGUCCCCCCCUCUCAAUAAGGGCAUAACCU